CAAACAUGCCAGCUGAUCUGAAUGGAUAUUGGAAAAUGAUUUCCAGUGAUAACUUCGAGGAGUACCUGAAGGCUCUUGAUGUCAAUGUUGCCAUCAGGAAAAUUGCCACCUUGUUGAAGCCUGACAAGGACAUCCUCCACGAAGGGGACCACAUAGUCAUCAAGACCCUGAGCACCUUCAAAAACUACAACAUGGACUUCCAUGUGGGCAAAGAGUUUGAGGAGGAUCUGUCCGGAGUGGAUGACAGGAAAUGCACUACCAACAUCAACUGGGAUGGAGACAAGCUGGUGUGCGUGCAGAAGGGAGAGAUUGAAGGCAGAGGCUGGACCCACUGGGUGGACGGAGAUGAGCUUCAUCUGGAGCUGAGAGCUGCAGGAGUUGUCUGCAAGCAGGUUUUCAAGAAGACCUAAGCUGGCUGACAUCGGCUUACAGAGAGACACCAGACACAUCCAAUGCCUCUGACAUACCUUCCAACCUCGCUUUGGUCCAUUCAUACAUAUCUCCAUAUGUCUGUCUACCCAAUGUGGUUAUUGUUACGGAUAUUAUUUUCUAUAAAAACGCUCCUCCAUUUAGAAUGCUACCUUGGUCAGCUAAAGCCAGUUCAAAUAGGCAGGGCAGUGUGUAUAUCAUGUAGCAUCAACAAAUGCAAUACAGUAUAUCUGUCUCAGGGUGGGAGCUCAUUUGAUUAACAAGUUUAGAUGUGUUGGACGCAUGUAUACCGCUACUGUAGGUGUAGCAGAUCUGAUGGGUGAACCACAUUGAUAACACAACGCGCUGAAGUGAUCAGUGGGAAUGUAAGGGGUGGCAGUGGAGACAAGAGAGUAGUGUGUUUAUCCCAUUUUAGUUCUCUGAAUAAGAAUGCUGUGGAUGGAAAAAGAUGAAAACUACUACUGAUGCUUAGUCUCCAGAAUGGAUAUCAGAUAUGAUAUGUGUAUUCAUCCCUCCCAGCUCCAUGGGGAAUGUGUCAUUGAUAGUAAAAUCAAUCAAUAAAGUUAAUAGUGCUCAACUU